AAACGAAUUUCAUACCACGAGCUUCAUCGAGCUACUGAUGGAUUCAGUCGAAGCAAAUUACUUGGUAAUGGAAGUUAUGGUUCUGUAUACCACGGGACUCUCUCAGAUGGGAUUACAGUUGCAGUAAAAGUCUUCAAUUUAGAGUUAGAAGGAGCUUUUAAGAGCUUCGACGUCGAAUGCGAAGUUCUCCGCAAUACUCGUCACCGAAAUUUAAUCAAAAUCAUUAGUAGCUGCUCUAAUGAUCUCGAUUUCAAAGCCUUAGUGCUUGAGUUCAUGCCUAAUGGGAGUCUUGAUAAAUGGUUGUAUUCCAACAACCAUUUUUUGGAUAUCGUACAAAGGUUAAACAUAAUGAUAGACGUUGCAUCUGCUCUGGAGUAUCUCCAUCAUGGUAAUGAAACACCCAUUGUUCACUGCGAUUUGAAACCCUGCAAUGUUCUGUUAGAUGAAGAUAUGGUUGCACAUUUGAGUGAUGUCGGCAUUGCGAAACUCUUAUGCAACGAGGACUCGAUGAUUCAAACCAUUACGAUGGCAACGGUUGGGUAUAUGGCACCAGAGUAUGGAAUAGAUGGAAUUGUUUCGACAAAAGGAGACGUGUAUAGUUUCGGUAUUCUUUUAAUGGAAACUGUCACGAGAAAAAAGCCCACCGAUGAAAUGUUUACCGGAGAAAGAAGCUUGAAGAGUUGGGUAAAAGAGUCGAUAUCAUCAACUCUGCUAAAUCAAGUAGUAGACAUGAAUUUACUUAGCACUAAUGGUAGGGAACACUCAGCAGCCAACAACUGUACCUUAUCAAUCUUGCAAGUUGCCUUAGAAUGUUCAGCAGAAUCACCAGAUGAGAGGCUUAACACGAAAGAGAUUGUUACGAAGCUAGAGAAGAUCAAAACUAAGUUUUUAAAGAACACCAAACGGGUUCGACAAAGGUUGACAUGA